AUGAAUCACCAACAGUAUCAGUAUCAGGACCACGGCCAUGGGUACGGCAGUAACUAUGGCCAUAGUCAUGAUUAUGGUCAGGAUCAUGGCCAAAAUGCAGCUCAGCCAGGUCUGGGGGCAACGUGGUAUCCAGGGGGUCAAGAUGACUUCUACAUGCCGGAGGUCAUUUCCCCGUCUCCGCAGAGGGUCAUGCCCGAGGUGCCCGAAAACAUGCAAGACAACAUCGCCCAGAUGGAGCACGGCGCCUACGAUGCUCGCCGCGCGCAGCCGCAGUCGCCCGCGCAAUACGCUUCCCGAUCACAAUUUCCCGAGCGAACCUCCUCGACCGUCCACAGUCAGCCGCAACAGGCAGAGACAUAUGAUCAUGGAGCUUACGCGCAGUCUGCCACCUACGACAGCAUGGAUCACCCCAAUUUCUCCCCGUUCCCCGUGUUGCGGAACCCUCCGCCAAAUGUUCCCCCCACCGAUGAGCAGCGCGAAGCGAGUCUGGAACGCGCCCGCAUGGCCGUUCUCUCGACCACCGAUCCGGAGAUGCAGUUGGCCUGGGCCCAGGAUGCGCUGGCGUUCGUCGAAGUCGCGGCGCAAAAUGAAGCCCGCCUGUGUACCAUCCAGCCGCCUCGACCGCACACUCCCCAGGUCGAGCGGCAAUUGCGGACCGACGCGAUGAACAUUGUCAAUUUUUUGGCGGGGCAGCAGCACCCCAAGGCCGAGUUCAUCAAGGGCAUGUGGCUCGAAUUUGGCAAAUUUGGUUACCGGAUCGACCGCAAAGAAGCUUUUCGGGCCUAUACGCGCGCGGCGGAGAAGGGAUACGCGCGCGCCGAAUAUCGCAUUGGAAUGCAAUUUGAGAGUUCCGGAGAGCCCGAAAAGGCCAUUCGACACUAUGAGCGUGGCGUGGCAAUGGCUGACUCUGCCUCUUAUUAUCGGUUGGGAAUGAUGAUCCUGCUCGGACAGCAUGGCCAACGCCAGGAUUUCCGCAAAGGCUUGGAGUAUAUCAGACUGGCCGCACAGUCGUGCGACCAGAAUGCGCCGCAGGGUGCCUAUGUCUAUGGAAUGCUUUUGGCUGGAGAGUUGCCUCAAGUCAGCGUUCCGGAACCAUUCAUGACUCGUGACCUGAACGUCGCUCGGGUCAACAUUGAGAAAGCCGCGUACCACGGCUUUGCCAAGGCCCAGGUCAAGAUGGGUGCCGCCUACGAGCUCUGUCAGUUGCAAUGCGACUUUAAUCCCGCAUUGUCUCUCCACUAUAACGCGCUGGCUGCACGACAAGGAGAACCUGAGGCGGAAAUGGCGAUCAGUAAAUGGUUCCUCUGUGGCCAUGAUGGCGUAUUCGAGAAGAACGAUGAGUUGGCCUUCACGUAUGCUCAACGUGCCGCUCAGAGUGGUCUCCCGACCGCGGAGUUUGCCCUCGGCUACUUUUAUGAAGUGGGCAUCUUUGUCCCCGUGGAUCUCAGAGAGGCCCGGAGCUGGUAUGCCAAGGCUGCUGCCAGUGGGAACAAAGAUGCGUCGGGGCGCAUUGAAAGUAUCUCUCGAUCCAAGACGUUAUCACGGAAGGAUCAUGAGAAGCUUGCGGUAUCCCGGAUCAAAUCUACACGAUAUGCCCAUCAACAGGGGCCGUCGCUGGAAUCGACUGCAGAACAGAUCGAGAUGCCCGACCCGUCGCGCAUGACUCUCAACGACCAACCCGGCUCGGCCGCCUACCCUGAACGGGCCGGUUCGGCCCGUCCACGUCUCCCCGGCCAGUCGAAUUACUCGAUGCCCGAUCCCCGGCCCAGCUCUGCCUUUGGGGUCAAUCCCAACCUUCGCCAGAAGACUGGUCCACCAGGACCUGGCUACGGGGGAUCGCCUGCACCAGCUGGCUCCGGAGGCCGCGGAGCUAUGUAUCCCCCUGGGGGCUCUGGGGGUCCCGUCACUCCCGGUGGUCCGCCGAUGAAUUAUCGCCAGCAGAGCAACAGUGGGCCCGUAAGCCCUCAAUCUGUCAAUCUGACUAGCCCCAGCAGCACCUCCGCCCCUCGAUUGGAUAUCGGAUAUUCUGCUCCUCUUCCGCCACCGGGAGCAGACCGUCGUCGUCCAGUUCGCCCCGAAGGUACUGGUGUACCUCCGGAGCGGAAACCAGUACGGACUCCCGUCUCGGGCCCUGGCUCAAUGCCGUCUUCUCACGAUCAGGCAUCCCCUCGACCGACAGGUUCGCCAGCUUCUGGCAACUUCCCUCCACGGAGCGAGUCCCGUCAACCGUCUCGCGGCUCGGGCGCUUCCACGCCGCAGCCACCCGCGGGGCCCCUUCCGCAGCACCCACAGCAGCAGCAGCAACCACCCAAGCCUAAGCCCGCCGCGCAACCAUCCAAGGGCCCGAAGACCUUUGAGGAGAUGGGUGUUCCUACUGUGAAGAAUGACAAUGAUUGCGUCAGUAUUCCUCGGCCGCAGAGCCUGCUCCACGCUUUGCACCUUCCGGGUUUCUGUUUGUGA